ACCAAGGAAUGCCACAAACGAGCAAUGAAAUGCAAGAUCUGUGAGCUUGAAAUGCCCUUUGACAAGCUGGAGGAACACCUGAACACCUGUGCCAGCCGAACAGAGAGGUGUUGGGAGUGUAACAAAUACAUCAUGUACAAAGAUCAGAAAACCCACAAAAAUAUUUGUCAGAAUGGUGGUCUGUCCUAUCACAAGGACGUGCACUUUCAAACCUCUGAAGCAUCCACUAAUGCAGCACUUAUUUACCACACUGGUGCUGGUGGCAAUAUUUGCCAGAAGUGCAAUAAGUCAUUCUCAGAUGACCAGUACUCCCAACAUCUGAAGAAAUGCAGUGCAGUCUGUAAGCUGUCAAAAGUUCUUGCUGACCAACCAACUACAAAACUCAGCAGUGAUCCACCACAAUCUUCUUCCUCCCUGGAUCCCUCUUCCUCCUCUAAGAAUGCAACGGUGUGGAAAGACGUCCGUCCCAAAAUGAAAGGAAAGGACCAGCCAUUGACCUCUGAAACCUUGCUUAAACUCCCCAAGAACAAAAAGAUUGGCUUUCCCUCUCCCACAAGAGGCAGACUUUCCACAUCAUCUCAAGCUCUUAAAGACACUCAGUCUUUUGACAUGCUAGUGACCUGUGCUCAUUGCAACAUUCUUCUGCCACUUCCAACCCUUCAGAAACAUGAGGUGAGAAGUUAGACAUUGGUCUCGGCCUCCCACAUGCAAAAGGCCAUACCUUCAGAGUCACUACUUACCUUCACGCUGCCUGGGGUCCCAGUGCCCCUUUCUGGAUUCCAUAGCUUCUUGAAAUGCUGGCCAUGGGCACACUGUCUCUAUCAAAUGUCUACAUUUUACAUCUUCGAAAAUACUAGGAUGAAACAAAAAUCAAGCCAAGGAGAAAAAG